AUGCAUGAAGGAAGAUUCAACUACGAGGAAAAAGAGACUCCAAAAACAGACACCUACAUAAGCACAACAGUUCUAAACACGCUGAUAUACGAAUAUUUAAUAAAGAGAAAUUACAUAGGAUCUGCGAAGGUCUUCAAAGUAGAGGGCGAUAUUAGCAACAUAAAUAUAACGCAGGGAUCCAGCGCGCUUUUGGACUGGUUCGUCGCCUUCAACGACCUGUACAACGUGCGCAGUGGAAGGGGAAAACCCACAGGAAUAACGGGGAAAAUAGAUGCAAUCCUCGAGAAAACGGCGAAGGAGGAGCAGGAGUACAAGCCCAGACCAGGAAACCCGAAUAACCCAGAGCCCAGAAUCCCCCAGAAAAAUCACUGGUACAAGGACGAGGGAGACCUCCUCGACAGCAUCCUCGAGAUAGACGAGCCCAGGAAUACCCCGAAUACCCCGAAUAACCCGAAAUCUCUUGCGAUGAAGGAAGUCCUGAAACUCCGCCUCCACACACAGAAAAUCAACAGCAUCUCCAUCUGCCAGAAGAAUAAGAUCGUCGUAACCGGGGGAAUGGAUGCCUCCAUCUGCGUCCUGGACCUCCUGAACAUGGCGGACGUCAUCAAGUUCGAAUCCCACUCGAUGCAGAUUUCGCAGGUGAAGGUGAAGGAGUCCUCCGCCGAGGGAGUGAUGCACUUCGGAAGUGCUUCUCUCGACAGGGAGGCAAAAGUCUACAAAGUCUCCAGAGAGGCAGGAAAGUUAGGGGUUUCUCUCUUUCUCUGCCUGAAGGGGCAUAAGUCCUCGGUUAAGGCCCUGGAUUUCAGUCCCUCGAAGAUUUACACGAUGGGAAUAGACGGGGAACUGCGCAUCUGGGGGAUGGAUGGCCUCUGUCUCGGAGCUUUUGCCCUGAGAAGAACCGUUAAAAUGAUGUUUUCCAGGAGCGACAGUCUCAUUGCCGUUUGCGACGUGAAUACAGUCUCGCUCUUCAACCCGGAGAGUGCCACGUACGUGAAGGAGCUGAGCAGUAAGGGAGCCCUCGCCUUCCACAAGACCCCAACGAAUAGCAUCCUCGUAUUCCCAGACGGAGUCUCCAUAUACGAUAAGACUUUCCACAGCAAGAAUUCGCUGCCUUUUUCCUCCGAUAAAAUCCAGUCCGUAUGCGCAAUUUCCGGGAGACUUUUCCUCGGGGGAUACCAGGCCGUAUACGAAGUCCACGAGAAAAGCGUCCAGAAAGUGCACGCGCACGACGGGAUGGUUUGCGCCCUGGAAGGGACUCCCCUCGGAAGUAAGACCCUCCUCCUCACGGGAAGCCAAAAUGGAGAGCUAAAAGUCUGGGAGGUUUUUGAUAGGCCGUCCUCCCUGUAA